CGGUUCUAACAUUUUUUGUCGCAGAUAUUGGAGCUGUUUAUUUUUGUACGAUCGGUAUCGCUUUAAAAUGAUAAGAUUACACAUAUUUUGCAAUGUCAUACUCAUCGAUUCGCGAGCGUUCUCAUUUAUCGUACAUUCAACAAUUCCCUACGUUUCUCUUUUCUCCUCUUUUCCGUCAAUCUGUCUAAAAUAUUGCGUAAAUCAGUCUUUUUGCCUUUUUUAAUCAGGAGAUCACGUGGUCGGACCCCUAACGUGACGUGCCGCGUGACAGGCGUGCGUGACACUCGCGAAAGCUGAGAGCGUGGCUCUGUGUGGCCUCAGUUCUUACUUCUCACUCAGUUGCGCCUCGUCUUUCACGGUGUUUGUAUCUCUCGGCUGCUUUUGACUUUCAUUGACCGAUUAGCUCCUCAUUGCUCUCUGUCUCGUUCUCUGCCCGCCUAUCUCUCCCUCUCUCCUUAUCAACAAUUACGCCUGUUAAAAGAUGCCAUAUCGCGGAAAAUUACGACUACUAGGGAGAACAUGUCUCGCGAUCGCUAACGCGUGCGGGAAGAGCGAGAGCAGUCCGUGUUUUGCCGUUGCUAGCAUUACCGACAGCAGAAACUUCUCCGUGAGCUGUGCGCUCGAUAUGAGGUUCGUUCAAUUCACAAACAAAAAUGGUGGCCCGCAGCAUCUUGGGGUCCAGCUGAAGCAGGGAGGUGAUAUUAUCGCAGUGUCCGCGGUCGAUUCGCGGAUACCGAACACAUUGAAAAAAUUUCUGGAGGGCGGCGACGAUCUUCUCAAGAAGGCCAAGAGGGACGACGAUUUCGACCUAAGGAAGGCAGUAGAGAGAAUAGUCGCCGAGGGACGGAGCAUUACGCCCGAGGCCGAUGUGAACCUCCUGGCGCCAAUCACGCGCAUGGACAAGCUCGCUUGCAUCGGCCUCAACUACAGCGGACAUUGUCAGGAGCAAGGUAUACCGACUCCGGAGAGUCCGGUAGUUUUUAGCAAAUUUCCCAGCAACAUUAUCGGACCCCGUGACAACAUUCUGCUGCCGCAGAUCUCGGAUAAGGUCGAUUGGGAGGCGGAGCUGGCGAUAGUGAUUGGCAAAAAAUGCAAAGGCCUCAGUAAUGACGACGUCGAGGACUGUAUUUUCGGUUACACAGUAGCGCAGGAUAUAUCGGCACGUGAUUGGCAGAAAUCAAAGCGAAAUGGUGGUCAAUUUUUGCUUGGUAAAGGGAUGGACACAUUCUGUCCUCUUGGUCCGGCGGUAAUCACGAAGGAAGCGAUAAGUGAAAUCAAUAAUCUAUCCGUGAAGACAUGGGUGAAUGGUAAUCUAAAGCAAGAUGGCAAUACCAGCGAACUCAUCUUUAAACCCCAUGAAAUAGUUGCUUAUCUUUCGCAAUUUGUGACGUUGUUACCAGGCGACGUGAUCCUUACCGGCACCCCGGCCGGUGUAGGAUUCACACGUAAUCCACCUGAAUAUCUGCAGCGUGGCGAUGUACUUGAAACUGAGAUCGAGAGUCUGGGACGUCUGAGAAACAAAGUGAUUUGAUCUAAAAGACGGAGCACAUCUUUGGUUAAAGCGUGUUAACAGAACUUCGUGAUCCUUACAAGACUGGACCUAUGUUCCUUCAGGGAUCGACAUUCGCGAUGUCAUUGAACUAAUCUAAGAGCUAUGUCUAGGAUUUGAUUCCACAGAUGGGUAUAUAAAAGUACGCAUUCCAAUACGAAUGCCAGUAAUUUCAGCGCGAUUGCGAAUGUCCAUACCAGAGGUAGUAUCGCCCCUCUUAAGAAGCUAGAUUUUUAUUGAGUGUCGUUAUCGUUGUAUUGUCAUUGCACCUUUUUAUCAUAUAUUUGCGCAAUGAGACAAUGUAACGAUAACAGAGCAUAAAUCGAAAACAGGGCGCCUAACAACAUCGAUAAUGCAACGUUAAUUUUUUGUGUCACAUAUUUUACGAAUUUAUAUAAUUAAACCAAAAUUAUUUCUACUA